GCAAAGCUUUCUGAUGGUUGGUGUUGCUCCCGGACACGCCUUCUCGGGAGGAGAACAAAAACAAAGCGGAGGGGCCCGAGCGGGACCCAACGGGCCACUGCGGAGAGCUCCUUCCAGCCAGCCCGCCCUCGCCCUCGGAGUCAGCCACCGUCGUCAGGAUGCCGAACUGGGGAGGAGGCAAGAAAUGUGGCGUGUGCCAAAAGACAGUUUACUUUGCUGAAGAGGUUCAGUGUGAAGGCAACAGCUUCCACAAGUCCUGCUUCCUGUGCAUGGUGUGCAAGAAGAACCUGGAUAGUACCACUGUGGCUGUUCACGGUGAAGAGAUUUACUGCAAGUCCUGCUAUGGCAAGAAGUAUGGUCCGAAGGGCUAUGGCUAUGGGCAGGGAGCUGGAACCCUGAGCACUGACAAGGGGGAGUCGCUGGGCAUCAAGCAUGAGGAGACUCCUGGUCACAGGCCCACCACCAACCCCAAUGCAUCCAAGUUUGCCCAGAAGAUAGGAGGGUCUGAAAGCUGCCCCCGGUGUGGGCAGGCAGUCUAUGCUGCAGAAAAGGUGAUUGGAGCUGGGAAGUCCUGGCACAAGAGCUGCUUCCGGUGUGCCAAGUGCGGCAAAGGCCUGGAGUCCACUACCUUGGCAGACAAGGAUGGAGAAAUUUACUGCAAAGGGUGUUAUGCCAAAAACUUUGGGCCCAAAGGAUUCGGCUUUGGCCAAGGAGCUGGGGCCUUGGUCCAUUCCGAGUGAAGCGGUCGACGGUGCUCCCAUUUCCCCUGCUCACCUUGGUGCCUCACCGAUGCCAGCCCCAGCCCUUGUCUGUGUAGACCAGGCUAGAUAGGGGAGCUACAUGCUUUUUUCUAUCUCUUUCUUUUCCACCUCCCUGUGACUCUCUUCUGCCACUUCUUACCAGCCUUUGUAACUGCAGGUUUUGGCUUCGUGUUGGGUGGGUUUCUGCCUGGGAUACGGUGCACCGCUAGGGCCCACCUUCUCACCCAUCCUACCCAGCUGACACAAUUUCUAGUGUGAACAUUCUAAAGGGCCACUAGUAUUAAUGCUUUUACUGGGAGCAAUCUUGCACCCUCUCCCCUCACUCUACCCUGCUGACUGAGUACAUUGGCCAAGGGACCAGAAGCAAUUUCAUGAAUCCCAGAGAACUGUGCCAGCCAGGAGAGAGUGUGGGAAGGGAAGACAAAGGGAGGGAAGGGGACAAAAGAUAGAUCUGAAAAAUCUUCUUUAGGUUUGGCACAUGUAUGUAGGGGGAGGGAGAAGGUGAGGGGGUGAGGAGAAGGGUGCAACUCUCCAGAAGGCCACUCAGGUUCCUUCUACUGCCGGAUGACUUCAGACAAGGGCAUGGUGGAAGUUUCCACAGGAUAGAACCUUGCAGUAAGGUGUUUCCACCAAGUGUUGGAAUGGGGAGCGCCCCUGUUCACCUGGGCACACUUAAACGCUGUUUGACUGCGCACAUUCAAAUAGUAUGUUUGGCCUUGGGGACCCACACUGAGUUGAACGGCCAAUGCUGUUUGCUUGAGGCCUACUGUUCUUGCCCACAGUCUGUACUGCACCCAGGUCACUCCUGUUAGAAGGUGCAGGGAACAGCCCCUGCCAGCCACAGACCUAGAGCAUCAGCAUCGGGUCCAGAUCACCCCUCCCCCAUCCUGAGCUCCCUCAAAGACAGGGUCAGUUUUGGAGUCCCUCUGGGGUCUGUGUCACUGUUUUGAUGGCAUAGGGAGUUCUGGACCAAACUAGACUCCUGAACAUUGAUCAGCAACGCACACCUCAGGGACUCAAAGCCAACUCUUGUCCUGAGGAAUCUUGAGGCUGUAGAUUUUGGUGGCCAGCCCAGAGGCCUUAAUCCUUCUUCAACUGCUCCCAAGGAGUGCUUCAGUCUAGUCUCUACCCUGUAGAACUUCUCAACAUUUGUAAGGGGAAGAUUUUCAGGUAGCUUAGAGAUUCUAAACUACUCAUUAGGCAUCUUCCUCCCCACCCCCACCCCACCUCCAAAUCAUCCUCCAUUGACCUGUUCCCAGGCUCUCCCUGAUGGGCUCAUAUUCUCCCCCUACCACCACUACCCUUUCCUUCCCUCCAUCCCUCCAUCCUUCCUCUCUCUGGUUCUCUUCCUUGCCCAUGCCAUCCCUAUCCCUCCUAGAUCCUGGGAGAAGGAGCAAAAGGAGCAGUAUUUGGGAAGGUGUGAGCCUGGGCCAUGACCAGAGGGACAGGAGGUCUUGGAGGGAUCCCUGUGACUAUGAGAGAACCAUUGGGCUGGGACAGAUUUAUUCUGAGGGAUACAUCUAUGAUACCUGCCAUUGGAAAGGGCAAAAUAUUUAAGCUAAUUUCUUGUGCAGUCAAUAAAGCUGUUAAAAAAGAA